UAGAGAGUAUGUUACAUCUUCAAACUGCAUAACAAAAGUGUAUAUAUACAAAUUCAGUUCAAACCAUGUUAGAAACUGGAGUGGCAGAAGUAAUAUUGAAGACUUUCAUACUAAAAUAAUGAAGCUAAACAAAAGUAUUGAUAAUAAGCAUGUAAAUCUAAAUAUCCUAACAGCAGUCAUUGAAGAUAUGGAAAAUAAUAAUUUCAAUAUAUCACAAACAUUAAGUAUAAUGCUACUUCAUUGCUGUGGAAAGGCAUUAUAUAAUGAACCAUUGAAAAUACGGCAGGAAUUAGUAAAUCGUAUCUGGAAUCUUUUAAAAGCAAAAGAAUACAAAUUAACAAUAGAUCACUAUCAUGCCUUGUUACAAACUUACAUAGAUAACGAUUACACUAUUGAUUCAAAUCAAUUUCUACAAAAUAUGACUAUUUUCCCUGAGUAUGAUACUUAUUGUCUGUUAUUACAAGUUCCAAGCACAGAUAAUUGUGCAUUUGCUGAUAGUAUUCUAUUAAAAAUACAGCAAAAUACAUUGCCUGCUGACAAAAAAAUUUAUAAUGCAUUAAUGUACGCAUAUGCAAUAAAUGGAGAUAUAGAAGAAGUCCACAAAAUUAUAGAACUGGUGCAAAAAGAAACCAUUGAACCAUUAUCUGCAGUAAAUGAUAUAUAUUUAAUGUAUGCUUUAGCAAAAAAUGGAGAUAAUAAAACACUAAUUAAAACCUUAAAAAAUACCAAGUUAUCUAUAUCAGAUAUGCUAAAGCUUGUUAAACUUCUUAGUUUAUCAAAAAAUGAUUUAUGCAUAAAAGGUAUUUUAAAGUGUGCACAAUCAUUAGUCACAGAAGAAGAAGAAGUUUGUUCUGCUAUUACACUGCUUGUACAUGCAGGGCACAUUAUGGAUGCAUAUAAAAUAGCUGCUUAUAUACCUAUAAACACUGAAUUUCAAAAUAUCAGAAAAAUAUUAGUACUUUGUCUGUUUAAACAAGUUAUUAAACUUAACGUAGACCCAGAAACUAUAUUAAAACUUGUACAUAAUUUCAAAACAAAAGAUUUUACUUUAGACAUUUGGGCAAUAGUAAAUCAGUGUGCAUUAGAAGAAAAUAAUGACACAUUAACUUUUAGAAUACUUGAUGAAAUGAAAGCAAUGGGUAUUAUUAUCAAUUUUGAUCAUGUUAGGCCUUUAUGUUUACAUAUGCAGAAAUGUAAUAAUGAAACUGACAUAUAUUCAAUUAUCAGAAAAAUGAUUGCUUUAAAUAAUACAAUAAACUCUGACAUGAUAUUUUUAAAUUAUGUGUUUCCUGUUAUUAAUACCAGGGAUCCUAUUGCUGCAAUUUUAAAAAUGCAAGAACAUGGUAUAGCUCCUAGUUGUACAGUACAGCCCUUUGUAACAUUUCUGUUAAGUGCAUGCAGGCUAAAAGAAUGCAUCCAUUUAUCCUAUGAUGGCUGUGAUUUUGCUGGAACAUUUAUUAGAAAUAUGAUAAAUAAAUCCCAAUUACAAAAGAUUAAUACAAAACAUUUAAAUUUGUUUUUAAUGGCAACCAAAAAUAGUAAAACAGUUCUAUCUCCUACUGAAGCAGAUUAUAUAAAAACGAAAAUUUUGGUUAGUAAUACUGAUGAAAAACUUAAAAAUAAUAUGUUUAGGUUGAUUUCUGACAUCUGCCCAGUAGGUAUCAAUACCAAAGAAAAUUGCAAGAUUGAUUUAUACAUUAAUCCGCAAUACAUGAAUUCAGAACAAUUAUAUCUUCAUUUUCAUGAACUUAAAAAUGAUAAUAAAAAUUUUCGAGGAAUUGCGCGAAAGUUACUUAUGGUUUCCUGUAAGGAAAAUAAUGUAAAAGUAGUAGAAGAACUUCUAGAAAAUAUCAAAUAUAAUAAUUUUGAAUGGACACCAGGAAUGAAGAUGUGUUUGUUAGAUUUUUACGUAAAACGUGGAAUGAUUGAAGAAGCCUUACACACAGUAGAUGAAAUUCAGUGUCAGUUUCAACACAGUAUAAUUGAUAAUUGUAAAAUUCUAGAACUUGUGAUGCAGUUAGUUAAAUUAAAUAAAGUGAAUGAAGCUUGUAAUGUAAUACAGAAGUGUAAGCAUAUUAAUCACAAACCAAGUGUACAAGUACUGAUUAAGGAUUUGUUUAAUUUACUAGUAAACAAUCAUCCUAAUGAUAUUAGAAAGAUGAUGAAUCUUCUUUUUGAAAGAGGUUACUGGAGAAAUCACGAAUUAGAAUAUUUAAUUUUGGCUCAAAUAUUGGAAAAUAAUACAGAUGUAGUUGUCCGUGGAAAAGACCUGGCAGAUGUAUAUUUUGCAAUAGCAUUUGCUCUGUGCAAUAAAAUAUCAGAAUUACAACAUUUAGUUGAGACAAAUCAAAUUAAAGAAGAUAGUUUAUUAAACGAACUUCGUUAUUUGAAAAAGGAGGAUAUUAUAACAAUUACUUCAACAAUAUUGGAAACACAUAACAUUAUAUCAAAAUCAUGUUUAAAAUCCAUGUAUAAUUUAACUUUAUCUAUAUAUGAUGAACAAGGGGAUUAUGAACGUGCUUUAGAAUUAAAGACAAAAAUGAAUUCAAAAUAUAACACCCAGUGUAACCUGUGA